CGUACUUUCGUCUUUCGGUUCGUGUUGACUAAUGCUGCUAAUACCAUAGAUAGUACGCUCUGGGGGUGUUGACAUUGAUUAACGUGAUGUUGAUUCCUUUAUUUGUUUUCUGCAUUCAUAAAACGCGGUUAUGCGUUUGUCCGGUUCUACAACAGUGGGGUCUUUGAUGAAGCGCCUAUACAAAAGGAGAAAAGGCUGCUAAAUCGUAGGGGGAAGCCGUACCUUGACUUGCUGCGCGCUUCGUAUUCGUUUUCCUCCUUCAGCGGCAGUCAUGGACACAAACGCAAAGAUGCGUGAUCUCCUGGCAGAUAUAUCGAAGUUCAACGCGCAGACAACCGGUAGGGACAAAUUUUUUCGGCUCCUGCAGUACAGUAGUCGGUUCUUAUGGUACUGGCUGCAGAAAACAUCAAAUCGUAGGGACACUGUGGCCCGCCUUCAGAAUCUGGAGGUGACAUUCAGCUCGGGACGAAGGCUGCUGCGGCUUGGACGCUUUGUGGAUGCACUUCAUGGUGCAACCCGCACAAUCAACCUUCCGGAUGUGUCCCUGCGCCUCAGCCUGACCAUGGCUCGUAUUGGCAAUGCUUUUUACAUUUUAACGGACAACCUAGUUUGGCUUCACCAAGUUGGCUUGCUGACAUUGCACCGGGAUGCCUGGAGCCGCACAAGCAAUAAGUUUUGGCUGCUGGCCAUCGUGGCCGCACUUAUACGCGAUCUGCUCGAGCUGUACCAGAUACUGCCCAUGCUCUUGGCUGUGCCAUCCAAGGGCAACACCCUGAGGAGCUCGCUUCGCCUGCUGUGGGCCUCGACGAGCUUCCACAAGGCACUUCUGCUUGACCUGGUCAAGAAUUUUGCAGACCUGUGGAUACCUUACACGGCGCUGGGCCAUGCCAGACUUGAACCGGGGACAGUUGGGCUGCUGGGUGUUAUCUCCAGUGCAGCUGCUAUUUUGCCCAUGCUGGAUUCAACAUUUUCACUCAUCCCAGUGUGAAGUGUACAUGUGGUGACAUGUAUGUGCUGCUACAAAUGAAAGCAAAUAGUGGUUGCAGUUUGCUGAGUGGAACAUUUUCUGAAGAUGUUGAACUUUGGGACGUAACUCACUGUCACGAAUUGCAAUUUUGUGAAUGCGAAAUGGCAACUCCUCCUUUGUGGCAUUAUCUUCAGAAAUCAGGAACAGUGUAAAAAUGGUAGGUUCACCUGCUUUCCUUAAGGUACACAAUCAUUAAUGUUACAUUUUAGCUUUGCUCAUUUGUUAGCACUGUCAGAUGAAAUAAAAUUGCAAAUGUUAAGCUACAGAAAUUUUAUGUUUGCUAGCAUUAUCAAUAAAGAUUCCUUCUCUUGCUUGUGUUGCUAGCUAGCCACAAGGACACAUCUUGUUUGAAUUUUUAUCCAGACCACACUGUGAUUGAAAAAUUUCUUUUGAGCAUUUGAAAUAUCUACAUCGAGCACAGGUAUGUGCUUUUCGCAUACAUAUUCAAAAGUCGCAAAAGCAUAAUACUUUUGCUAGGUUCUAGAAACACAAUGUAUUGUAUUUUAAAAUUACAACGUAUUUGUAGUCUCAGCUUUGUAUGAUAUUUGUCCCUCUGCCUUAUCAUCCAAAAUAGGUCUUUAGAAUAAAAUACUUUCAUGCUAAUAGUAGACAGGGCAUGAAAUAUACCUAUGGUACACACAACAGACACAGGGACAGGAACAGCCUAUUGUAAUUGUACUUGUAUUGCAUGCUCAAUCUUCUAUUGCAUCAAAGCACCAACUUUGUCUGCAUGUUUGUUACGAAAUACAUUUUUUCUGAAGUGUAAUUUAACCCUUUGAGUUCCAUGUCUCAGUGAGUGCCUACACACACUCACACACCCCAAAUAAUGCCUGUACAUGCCAAGCAUUUGCCAAGCCAUUCCAUUUUGUACUCCUUCCUCAUAGUAUUUUGGCUACAGCCAGUGUUUGCUAGGAAAGCAUGAUAAACAAAAACACAGCACAUAAAGACACUGGAUGCAUUGAGUUAUCUGUGCAGCAGCUUGCUAUCCAUUGAGCAAAUAAGUAGUAUCAUGCCCUGCACACGAAACAGUUUCCAUGCGCCUAGUUGCGAAAACGUAAAAAAGUUUUAUGUGCCACUUUCAUCACCCAUAGCUUCAAUGAAAUUCUCAGACUCUGUAGAUUUUCCGUCCACAAUUUACUUUCAUUAGUUUAGUACAGAUUAAUUAUCUUCAAUUAAUGUGAUCUCAUUCUAGAGCCAUUUGUAUGGAGUAAAAGGCUUAAAUGUGCCAAACAUAGGAUAGUUAGACUAGAGGGUCAGCAGGAUAACUUGAACUAGACGGCAGUUAGUAGAUUAUGGAUGCUAGCACUCAUACUAAAAACUGACAGCGUUGUUCUCUCUUUAAACGUUGGGCCUGUGUGCUGCCUUUGCUUCAAGGCCUGCCACCUUCUGUACGCAUGGAGAAGUAAUAAGAAAAUAGUGACUGCAGUAUAAAGGAACUUGGGAAUACAGUACGGAGGCAGUCGAGGGGACACUAAAUAGCUUUAAGUAGACACAUAAACAUCGCUGAAACUCAGCUGUGCACCAACAGACAUGUAGGUUUCCUUUGCAGGUAAUAGCCUGAAUAGAGGAAUGAAGCAACAGCAGAAAUUAGAAUGAUAGAACAGUUGAAAUUCAAGUACAAAUAAAAUUCUAACCAUGUUUUACAGUGUUUAUUGAUGUGACAGUGACGUCUGGUACAUUGCCCAUUACUGAGCAUGAGUAUUACACAUGCGCAUGAGUCUUACUGAGCACUAUUGCAAAGUAUUUCAAGCAAAUAAAUGCUUAUUUUGCUUUAA